AUGCUCAAGGCGAUUGCCAGAUUUGGAUUUUGGCUGUGGGUGGCAGCCGUAAAGACCAUCUUGAAAUUGUCUCUGAAGUGCUUGGUGGCCUUAGCCAAGGACCAAGCUGAUCCUCCCAUUCCUCAAGCUCAUUGCCAUCCGAAGAAUGACAAGUAUUCUCGACGGACGUCGUGCUCAUCCUCGUCUUCGCCCAUAAAUCAGUUCGAGCCAAUGCCAGGGGGGACUGCUGCACCAUUGUCGAGUCAGGGACUGAUUCAAUCUUUCAUUCAAGAGGUCAGAGCGAGGAUAAGAGCGGUUUUGGGCUUGGGCAUGGUGCCCAACCCAGGCCUGGAUUAUCACAUCUCGUCCAUUCAUGGAUCCCGUGGGGCUUCUUCCGCGCUGCCAACAGAUGCUGAAAAAUAUUGUCAAACCGAGGACAAAUCUGUCUAUCGGACAUUGAAGAUGCGUUAUCGGAGUUCGCUAAAGAAACGCAAAGAGCAGAUAAUUCCUGCGGGGGCCUCUCGACCCUCGUCGCCUGAAGGCACCGACACACUGACUGAACAUCAAAGGCUGCCAGCAGCAUCGUGGAUGACCAGUACAAAACAGGCCAUGGAGUCGCCUUCGCUCGUAGGCGUAGUUCCUAACCGAACUUUGAGCCAUCACAGCCGCGUGCGAACCACCAGUGAGAUAUCUGAACUCGAAGACAAGGUUAUGCCAUUACCCGUGAUCAAAACCCGUGCCCGUCGGUGGAAGAGCUGCAGUAACAUGACAUCAUUGACCACGGCCUCCUGCCCCACCUCCCCUCCAUCUGUUCCUCGUCGACGAUAUCACAGUGCGGCCCCCAACCUCUCGCAGGGCACUCCCAUGGAGAGACUGAAAUUAGCCAAAGGUGGAGGCGAGGCCACUUUCUUUCCUAAUAGCAGAAAUCUCAAUGGACCUUGGCCUUUGGCCAUAAGUUCAUCCCAUUUUAGCGAAGAAAAACGACGCUCUUUGCUUCGAUUAAGGAGACAAGGAAGGCAAUUAUCCGAUCCUUCUGGCAACCGAAUUUUUCAACGCCAGUCUGCCAAUGGAACCGUUUUUGAAAGACGACCAGCCCUGGGAGUUAAACGCCGUAGGAGUCACGAAGAUAGUCUUAUGGUGGCAGCUGCAGUGGCUGCAAAUUCUACCAACUUCUGUUGCUGCCUCUCCUCCUCCUCUUCCUCUUCCUCAUCAACCUCAUCGCCCAGCUCUUCGCCACCCACCUCCUCGUCAUCCUGUUGCACGACCUCGUCCUCUGCAUCCUCUUCGUCCUCCUGCUCAUCAUUAGCCUGUGCGACAAGUACCAGGAAAACCUACUUUGUUGUGAACAAAUCCUCGAAAUUUUUGGUGGAGCAACAAGUCAUCAAAUCCGCUCAAAGAGGACCUUAA